UAGAACAUCGUUUUAAGUCACAUUAUUUCAUUAGUCAAACAGUCACAUCGGAUCUGCUGGAGGAGACGGUCUCGAGCACUGGGCCAUCAGUGAGCGUCUGAGGAGAAACAAGGUGACCCAUCAGUGCGCGUCUGAGGAUAAAUAAGGUGACCCAUCAGUGAGCGUCUGAGGAGAAACAAGGUGACCCAUCAGUGAGCGUCUGAGGAGAAACAAGGUGACCCAUCACUGAGCGUCUGAGGAGAAACAAGGUGACCCAUCAGUGAGCGUCUGAGGAGAAACAAGGUGACCCAUCAGUAAUCAUGAUUGUACUACGUGUUAUCAUCUUGUUCCUUAUGUGUUCAAACGUAACUGGGCAGUCAUAUCAGAAUUUGGCACGUUUAAAACUGAACCUUUUGCAGAACUAUACAAAGUCUAAUCGUCCGCUUCGAUAUCAAAAUGAUACGCUGUUGGUUUAUAUAGAUGUAUAUUUCCAUAUGGUGGAAGGGUUCAACAUCCUGGAAGGUGUUUUAGGAACACACCUUACCUUCACGCUGCAGUGGACGGAUGAAUUCAUACGUUGGGUCAGUGAAGAAUACGACAACAUCACAGUGAUAAACCUACCCCACCUCGACGUGUGGGUUCCGCAAAUGGUACUGCUGAACCCAUCUUCAGACAACUUCGGCUUCCUAAUCAAAGAAAAGGACAUGCUUCUUGUUCAAUACACCUCUGAAGGCUUUGCGUCGUUGACAUUCGCUACUUAUUUCGAGAGCACGUGUCAACCAUCCCUCAGACAAUAUCCAUUCGACUCUCACACUUGUCACCUGAAUAUAAGCCAUGUAGGCUACAGUAUUGGCGAAGUGAUCUCCGUCCCGUUACAUGUUUAUGAUAAGAGAAAAGGAGAUAGCGGACCAUGGGAUGUUGGCGCGGUAGAAUUAACCGCGAAUUUGCUUAUUCCAGGAGUUGCCGCAUCUAGGUAUGCUGAGUUAUCCAUGCAGUUGUCACGUCGACCAUCUGUUUUACUUUUGAAUCUAAUCUUCCCCAUUUUCAUCCAGAUGAUUAUGAACGUGUUUGUGUUUUACCUUCCAGCUGAGUGUGGAGAGAAGGCAAGCUACUCCAUCACUGUUUUUCUCGCUGUGGAAAUCUUCAUGACUAUCAUCAUGGAUCAGUUACCUCCAUCGUCCUCAGAAACUCCCUUCCUAAACGUUAUCCUCUUUAUGCAUCUCAUUAACACCGCCGUACUAUGCGCGAUGACAACUGUAUCCCUGCUAUUUUAUCAUAGAAGUAACACUAUUAUAAUACCUGAGCGUCUUCGACGAUUUACCAUACGGAUGAGCCUCCGUCAUGGAGACAUACUCACAGGACAACCACCAGAAAACAUGUCCCAAAUGACGGAGCGGGUGAAUCGCGAUAUAACCGAGACGGAUGAUAUCACACACCAUGCUGCUGUGUCGGCUGGCAAUGACCGGCGCCGUGUAUUUCUAACCUGGCAGAGUGUAAGUCGCGCGUUGGACCAUUCUUCUUUCUUCAUCUGUUCCGUAAUGACCAUGUAUCAAUUGGUAUUGGUCUUUCUAAAUGUAUUUUUCUAGUACUACAGUAUAUAUUGAUAUGAGUCGCGUUAUGAAAAAUCAUAAUAAAUUCAACCGAGUUUGUUACCCUUUCGGACUCGCUCAGCUCACUUCAGUCAAAAACAUCAGGUAAUAGCAGUAGACCCAAAUCACUCCUGAGAAUGAUCACAACCAUAAAGAAGUUGGGGAUUAAUCUUAAACUCGAAUGGAUACCAUCGCACUUAAGCAUACUAGGAAAUGAGAGAGCGGAUACACUCGCAAAGGAAUCUUUAGGGUCAGUGUUAUACAUCUUAACGUAGGCUUAAGCAUAUCUGAAGUUGUCAGUAUUGUCAACACCAAGACACAACUGAUAUGACAAGAAAGUUGGUCAAAACUUUCAAAUAAUUGGCUUAGAGCGAUCGAUGAAAAUGUUAAAAGUAAAACACAGCUUUAGAGACAAAAUAAAACAGAAGAUAUCGUCCUUACCAGACUCAGAUUGGGAUAUACCAAAUUAGGACAUAACAUUAGACGCAUAAAAAGGAGAUAAAUCCAGAUUGUUCAAACUGUGGUGAAUCCGAAACCAUAAACCACAUACCAUGUUUAUUGUAGCACUCAAAAUAGCAAUAGGGCAGUUUCACAAGAUGAAGUCGGACAGCUAGAUAAUAUCACUUUUGGUUUAAAAUCGUUAUCAAAUCCACCAAAAAAAUGUAUAUGAAUAUUUGAUCAACAACGUCAUUGCCAUAUAUCAUAUUGAAAAAAAGUCGGUGAUACAAGACAGUUAAAGGUAGGAAAACGCGGGGAUAAUUGUUCUAAUCAUGUAUUCAUACAUUUUGUUUGCCUUUGACAAUGGAACCUUCCUGCAAAAUUGAUUGAAAUUGAGUUGGUGGUUUUAGAAAGAUGUGGUAACCAUGAUUGACAAAAGGCAAUCACAAGAAGUCCACACCAAGACUUUGAUAACUUAAAAAAAAUAUUUUCUAUUUAAAGUUCACAAAUCAUAAAUGUAACACUCACUGCCUACCAAGAAGUUAUAAUGUCCAGUUGUUGUUUAAAUGUCUAUAUGAAAGGCACCAAAUCAUAGGAAAUUUAUGGAGUAGUUAUAUAUAAUUUCGUUGUUUAUGUUUAUUCAUGUUUGAAGUGUGUACUUGUAUCUGAAUUUCAAGUUGUGCUAUUAUUUCCACCAGGAUUUGAAUCUGGGUCAGUUUGUUAACCACUACACUAUAGAAUAUAAAUAGCACAACUAAAUUUUUCAUUCAGAUUUGUUUCAAUUUUUACAUUUUGUUUUGCAUUUAUAUUUACAUUCUCCCUCUGUUUUUCCUAGUAAAUCUUACGUUCUGCUCUUUUUCAUAUUGAAAACUGAUAUAAGAAGAUCCUAACUUUUCCAUGAACAUUAAUUCUAAUUCUAUAAUAUAAUUGUCAAAAACAAAUCCUUGCAUUAUUAGAUUAAUUGCACACAUAUACUGGUACAUGCAAUUCAACUAUGUAUAUAUGCUUAUUCUUGACACAAGUAAUCAAUGUUUUCCCCAGCUGAAUCUACGUUUACUUGAAAUUGACUGAAGAAGACCCUUUUAUUCCUAUAAUUGCCAAAACUUUCCAUUUUAAAUAUAUAUCAUAUACCAGUAUUUGUAUUUUUUUUUCAUUCAAAUGAGACAACAUUGACACAAAUGCAAGAAUUUAAUAAUGUACUAAUUGCCUCGCUUGUUACAGAGGGUGUAUGUUUUGUUAUAGUGUCAUUAACAAAUCUUGAGGCUACUUUGUUCUUCAGUAUUUAAUUUGAUGUUGAAAUAAUUUUUAUGUAUAUUUUUUUAAUUUCUAAUUUAAGAUUUCUCUAAAAUAUUUAAAGUGUAUGAAAUCUCCUAACAUGGAUGUUAAUGAAGCUAUAGGGUUGGAAGCUAUUACUGUACUUAAUAUAUGUAUGUUAUGUUUCGAGUUGCUGAUCUGAGACUCCCUUUGAACCUUAAAUUAACGAUUCAGUCAGUAACCUAUUCCGACAGUGUAAGAUAUACUGAUUUUUAUCUUUAAGAACAAGUCAGAAGAUGACAUUCCAUAGUGUUAUUGUUUUAAUUAGCUCAGGUAGAGUAAGGUAAAAACAAAGACAAGGUGAGCCCUGACCAUUUACCUGAUUGGACACUAAAUGCUAUCAUAAACAAUAGUUGGAUGAAUCUGUUGUGUUUAGUACAUACAAAAACCUAUGACAGCACAGUGUCAGCGGUAAUUAGCCAUGGUGCUGCCAUCUGGGGCAACAUACAUUAUUCGUGUAUAGCAGCAGUUCAGAAUAGAGCUUGUAGAUACUAUUUGGGAGUAGGUCGAUAUACUAAUGCAGCCAGUGUGGGUGAGAUGGGAUAGACAUCGGUCAGUCUUCGUCAGUGUUCAGCUGUAUUUAGGUAUUAUAACCGUCUGUGUAAUAUGUCGGAUAAUAGACUGAACAGUAAGAUUUUUUAAGUGGUCAAAAAACCCUGAGUACGAAUAGACGUAAGAACUGGUAUUUUUUUUUUUUUUAUCAGGGAAAGUCCUCAAAUGUUAGAUAUUGAUAGUUAUAUUGACGUUGUGAAUAAAGACGUUAAAUCACUGUUAACUGACAGUUUUAACAAAGGAUACCAACUGUUCGCAGAAAAAUGGAAAUCAGAUGUUAAUUGAGUGUGCAGUAGAUAUAGCGCAAAUAGUGAACAUACAGUCGCUUUAAAUCGUCUUUCCAAAUUGAAAAGUAUUUACAUGUAUAUAUGAAUAUACCAAAAUCACACAGAAGUAAUUUAACUAACUUCAGGAGUGGUGUUGCACCUAUUCGUAUAGAAACUGACCGCUAUGAGAGAGUACCUGAAAUAGAAAGAACCUUUUUUUUUUAAUUGUAAUAAUGUGGUUGAAUCAGAGUCGCGUCUUUUAUUUGAAUGUAACCUGUAUAAGGAUCUUAGAACGAAGAUGUUUGCAAGAGCAAGGAGCAUGGUUAGUACGUUUGAAAGUCCUACCGAUUCAGAUAAGCUUAUUGGGAUUCUUGGCAACAGUAAACUUAGUAGAAUUACAGCCAAAACCUGCUAAGAAAUACUAAAAAGAAAGCGCAAUUGUAUAUAUAGAUAAGGUUAUAUAUGUCAUGUUGUACUACAAUGUAUAUAUAUAUGCUAUUAAAUGUAACAAGAGGUAUGUACAUUUGCAGUUGUGUAAUUUUGUUCAAAUUUUAAAUGUCAUAUAUAAAUGUAGCUACAUAGAUAUUGUAUUUGUCUUUGGAGUUCAGUUUUUAAAAAACUAUAUGAAUAUUUUAAGUAUCUCUGUAAAAAUAGAGCCAAUCUUAAUCAUGUACUCUUUCUUUAUCAAUAUGUGUCUAGUGAUGACAUUGUACUAGCAGUGACCAAUAUGUGUGAAUGGUAUGGUAGUGAUGAUCAUGAGGUGAUGAAUCAUUGUAUAUUGCAUUAGAAAUUGUAUCUAUCUAUACUGAAAACCUGUUUGUGUAUAUUGGUAUAUAGUCUCUCAUAACUCAAUAUUUAAUGAGUGGUUUUAUUAUGUAUGUAGUUUGACUGAUAAACUGAAUUGUUUCAGUUGUUUUAAUACUGUAUGUUACAACAGGCGAGACAGAAAUAAAAUAUUUGAA